CGUAGCCUUUCGUAGCUUAAGAUUUCGCGUAACUCGUCCGUAGAUAGCGGCAAAAGCUACCCUGUAGCUACUCCUUGGGCUCGCUUACACCGAUACUUUUAAACUCUUGCUCAUUAUUAUUUCCGAUGUGUUUUUAUGAUGACACUGUUUUAACAUGCCAAAAAAAUGCACCUGUGGAAACAAUGAUUUUUGUAUAAUAUUGCAAAGGGAUAAAUUAUUGGAGUAUUUCGAUUGGUAAUGCAAAAUUAUAAAAAAUCAUGAUUCAAAUAGACGACUUUAAACGACCUUCACCAUCACCGUCUCGAUGCUCUGUACGCAGCGAUAGUCGGGUGUUUAGGCAGCCAAGAGUAAUUCAUGUGAAUCGUGAUGUUGCUACAAUGAUGGACGAUGAAACAAAUUGUGUUCCUCGAAGUGGAAGUACUAAUGAACCGACACUGAUAUCUGAUUUUGAACCUGUACAAACGGCACACGCUUCACAUUUUCGCUCGCGUACGUUUAGUGAUGGUUUUAUCAGAAAUACCAGUCUUGAACUUCUGCUAGGCGUAGACUGUGAUGCGUGCCUCGCGCUAGCCGCCCAAAGACAAUGCUAUAACCAGCACUUGUCAGACCAUGAAUUUGAUUUAGUUUGCAACUGUAAUGUUCAACAAAACAACUACCUUAAUUGCCACCGAGAUUCUGUGAAACAACGAGGUCACACGCUUAAUAUUUAUGAUAUGGACAGAAUUAAACGAGAAACGGGGCGUAAUAAUUUGAUUAAUGGAACACAUCGCAGUCUGGACAGGAAACAUAUUAAAAGUAAAAAUGUUUCAAAUUACAUUUCUAAACAAUUUAUAUCGUACGACCAAACAAAUACUCUCGUCCAAAAAAUUAAAAAAAAAUUAUCAAAUUUAAAACGAAUUGGAGGAGAAACAAUGUCGAAAAAACCACAAAACGCCGUUCAGUUAGCGGAGAUAAGUGCGAGCUCAACAAGCUCGCUGCGGAAGCUGUCGAUGUUAUCACUCGUAGAUAAGUCACAGAGGAAAACGAAUAGCCAAAGUUGCAUCUUUUCUGCUACAAGCUUACAAUCUAAAAAUGAUUUUAAAGAAAAUAUAAAUACUUAUGCAAACUUUUCAUCAAACGUUGAUCAAUGUUUCGAUCGUAUAAGAGAUUGCAACGCAGAAUUAUAUAAAUCGCAGAAAAAACCUAAAAUAAGAACUUUAGAUAGAAAUGAUGACGUUGUUUUACGCAGCUCUUCCUCGAUUAAAUUUUCCACCUUAGAUAACAGAAGUCGAUGUAGAGGUAUAAGAAGACAGAUGUCAUACAACGACUUUCCCUCGGAGAGAUUUGCGAGCGGGUUAUCAGAAACAUGGUCACCUGAUGAUUCGACUAAAACGCGAAAUAAUGUGUCAUCCGAAGACAGCCACCAGUUUGUGGAUGCUGAAAGAAGUGCAGGAAGCGAUCAUAGAGUUCUACAUGCACAAUGUACAUGUAAUACGGGCCAAAAUCAAAAAAUUCCAUCUAUUUUCUUCGAUCCGCAUGGAAAGAAACGGUCAGCUCCCGCACCCGAUGUGACGGACAGGGCACAAGAUAGAAUCUCUUGCAGUGCCUGUAAAUCCAGCCAGUGGCUUCCAAACACUACUACUUCUACAACUAGCCAUAGUUCUACCACAACUGCUGCCUCAUCACGUUUGUCAGGAUGGCAGCGACGUUGGUGCUGCGUGGCAGUGUUGGUGCUAGUGGCUGGUACAGCUUGCGUGGCGGGGCCUCUGGCACUGCGGGCGCCCCCCGGAGCCCCGCUGCAUGAGCGGCUUCGCCUUGCAGAACGUUUGCUACACGACACACCACUUAUAGAUGGCCAUAACGACUUACCUUGGAAUAUACGAAAAUUUUUACACAACAAAAUAAAGGACUUCCGGUUUAAUGAAGAUUUGAGAACGAUUUCUCCCUGGGCCACUAGCUCUUGGAGUCACACUGAUUUGCCUAGACUGAAGCAAGGUCGAGUUGCUGCCCAAUUUUGGGCAGCAUACGUCCCUUGUGACUCUCAACACAAAGAUGCGGUACAGCUUACCUUCGAACAAAUAGACCUGAUACAGCGUUUAACUGACAAGUACCACCCGGAGCUCACGUUCUGCACUUCAGCUGAAGAUAUUUUAACAGCACACGCUAACCACCGCCUGUGUUCGCUGGUAGGUGUUGAGGGUGGGCACGCUAUAGGAGGAUCCCUCGGAGUGUUGAGAACGUUAUAUCAAGUCGGAGUUCGCUACUUAACCUUGACGUCAUCGUGUGACACUCCAUGGGCAGAGUGCGCUUCCACCGACCGUCCAGAACCAAGUCUACGAGGUGGUCUUACGCCAUUUGGAAAGGUUGUUAUCAUGGAAAUGAACAGACUUGGAAUGCUGGUGGAUUUAUCACAUGUAUCAGAGCGCACUAUGCGUGAUGCGUUGGCAAUAUCGCGAGCACCUGUUCUCUUCUCCCAUUCAUCUGCGAGAUCAUUGUGCAAUGUAACACGCAAUGUUCCGGAUGGAGUUCUUCGUCUUGUUGCAGCUAACAAAGGCCUUGUAAUGGUCAACUUCUAUACAUCUUUUUUAACAUGCCGAACAACAGCCACCGUGCAAGAUGCUAUAGCUCAUAUAAAUCACAUACGCGAUGUGGCUGGCGUGGACUUCGUCGGUUUAGGCGCUGGAUAUGAUGGAAUUAAUUACACUCCCCAAGGACUGGAGGACGUAUCCUCGUACCCUUUACUAUUUGCGGAACUGAUGGAAGCUGGGUGGACUAUGGAAGAUUUGAAAAAACUCGCAGGACUAAACUUAUUGCGCGUAUUGAGUGCUGCUGAACGAGUAUCACGCGACCUUGCCUCAGCAAACGUCACACCUUACGAAGAUGUAGCUCCACGCACGAUAGAAUCGUACAACUGUUCUAGCCAAGAUGUAUAAAUUACUCACAUAUCUCUUUUCAUCAUAAGCAAUAAUAGGUACUUAUUCGACUGCAAUGUGCAGCUAGUGUAGGAAAUAAGACUCGUCAGCGAUCGCAUUUGUGCAUGCUCGCAGUACUGAAAAAUAAUAUUUCAAGUAUGUUUUUUGACUUUAGGUCUAUAUUAUAUUAAUAGAAUCUUAGAUGUAUAAAUCCCAAGCUUUAAUAACAUAAUGUAUCUUAGAAA